ACCGAGGCGGACGAGAUGACCGACGCACCAGACACGGCCGCAGAUUCUACGGCGACGGCCUGCGUCGUCUCUCUCCACGCCCUAGCCGGCAUCCGUCAUGAGCGGACCAUGUUGCUGCCCGUGACGAUCCAUGGCGAGCAGCUGGUGGCCCUACUGGAUACGGGCUCCACUCAUAACUUCCUGCCCGAGGCAACCAUGCGUCGUCUAGCUAUUCCGACCACGGGCGGGGAGCGCCUUCGGAUCACGGUGGCCAACGGUGACCGCCUCCAGUGUCAUGGACUCGCCCGCGACGUUCCCAUCACCAUCGGGGGCGAACACUUUUCCAUUACCUGUGCCGGCAUCGACCUCGGCUGUUUCGACUUCAUCCUCGGUGUGGACUUUCUCCGGACCCUGGGGCCCAUCGUGUGGGACUUCCACGCGCUCACGAUGACAUUCUGGCGGCUGGGCCGCCAAAUCCGGUGGGACGGCAUUGGGGGCGCUACGCCAGCCGUGCCACAUCUUCAGCUGGCCGCCGCCUCCUCCGAGACCGAGCACCCUUUGCUGGAUCCCCUUCUGCAGCAACAUAGCGCCCUCUUCGACGAGCCGCGGGGACUCCCACCUGCUCGGGUGUACGACCAUCCUGCAGAAGGAUGA